GCUUUUUUCAAAGUUCCAGAAUCCAGAUUCAAGUCUCGUGAUGUAUUAUAAGUUUUGAUUUCAUCAAUCAACGUAAUUGAAUAUUAAUCCCGUGCUAUGAAUUGAUUGAAUUGUUAUUUAUAUGUGAAAUUUACUAUCGUUGUCUUCACCCAGCUUAUUUUUUUAGAGGUUGUUUCAACAGUAAAUAUGGGUCUCAGAAGAAGCAGAAGUCGAAGUAGAGAUCGACAUGAAAAAGAAAGACGCAGAUCUCGAUCGAGGGAUCGUUACAAAAGGGAUCGACAUCGUUCCAGAAGUAGAGAUCGAGAUCGUGAACGUGAUCGUGCUAGAAGUCGUAGCCAUGAAAAAGAACGAGAUGAAAAGAGUCACAAAGACAGAGAUACCGAAAAAAGUCAUAAAGAUAAAUCUGAUCGGAAAAAGUCGCCUCUCACGGAUAGGAGUGAUAUGCCAUCGAAAAGUAAAGCAGCUGAAGAAGAAGAGGAAGAAACAGAGGGGAAAUCGCAUCCCAAAAAAGAGCCUCUAUCUCUAGAUGAACUGCUUGCUCGCAAAAAAGCCGAAGAAGCUGCUCGGAGCAAACCUAAAUUUUUGACUAAAGAAGAAAGAGCUGCAGAAGCUUUGCGGAAACGUCAAGAAGAAGUAGACAAAAUGCGUAAGAAAAUGGAUGAAGAAAGGAAAAAACGAAACGAAUUUGCUCAAGCCAGCUCUGAAUCUAGAAAAGAAGAAAUGAGAGCCCGUGAUCGAGAAAGAGAGAGGAAAGAAGCUCUUGAAGAAAAAGAAAUUUUUAAAGACAGAGAAAGAGAAUCUGAAGCUAUCAGAGAACGUUAUUUGGGAUUAAUUAAAAAAAAACGAAGGGUUAGAAGACUUAACGAUCGUAAAUUUGUUUUUGAUUGGGAUGCUUCUGAAGACACAUCAAUCGAUUACAAUAAUUUAUAUAAAGAGAGGCAUCAGGUUCAAUUCUUUGGACGUGGCCAUGUUGCUGGUAUUGAUAUUAAAGCUCAAAAACGAGAUCAGUCUAAAUUUUAUGGUGAACUAUUGGAAAAACGUCGAACUGAAGCAGAAAAGGAACAAGAAAAGGUGAGAUUGAAAAAGGUUAAAAAGCGCGAAGAAAAACAAAAAUGGGACGAUCGGCAUUGGACGGAAAAGAAUUAUGAUGAAAUGACCGAAAGAGAUUGGAGAAUAUUCAGAGAAGAUUAUAACAUUACUAUUAAAGGUGGAAAAAUUCCGGAUCCUAUUCGUAAUUGGAAGGAAUCCAAGAUUCCUGAAGAAAUAUUGGAUAUUAUUCAUAAAAUUGAUUAUAAAGAACCCACUCCCAUUCAGAGACAAGCAAUUCCUAUUGGCUUACAGAACAGAGAUAUUAUUGGUGUGGCUGAAACCGGUUCCGGUAAAACAUUAGCUUUCCUAAUUCCUCUUCUUGUAUGGAUUCAAUCCUUACCCAAAAUUGAAAGAAACGAAGAUGCUGAUCAAGGUCCUUAUGCUAUCAUUAUGGCUCCAACAAGAGAAUUAGCUCAACAAAUCGAAGAAGAGACCAAUAAAUUUGGUCAACCUUUGAGUAUUCGUACUGUAUGUGUUGUUGGUGGUCUUUCUCGAGAAGAGCAAGGUUUUAGGUUGAGACUCGGUUGUGAGAUUGUAAUUGCUACUCCUGGUCGUUUGAUUGACGUUUUGGAAAACCGUUAUUUAGUACUGAAUCAGUGUACUUACAUUGUCUUGGACGAAGCGGAUCGUAUGAUAGAUAUGGGUUUUGAACCGGAUGUGCAGAAAAUUCUAGAAUACAUGCCUGUCACCAACUUGAAACCGGAUACGGAAGAUGCCGAAGAUGAAACCAAACUUUUGGCAAAUUAUCACUCGAAGAAGAAGUAUAGACAAACGGUCAUGUUUACCGCAACUAUGCCUCCAGCCGUUGAAAGACUUGCUCGCACUUACCUUAGAAGACCUGCUGUUGUUUACAUCGGUUCCAUUGGUAAACCCACAGAACGAACGGAACAAAUAGUCUACAUGGUUACAGAGCAAGACAAACGACGCAAAUUGAUGGAACUACUGAAUCGUGGAGUUGAACCACCGAUCAUCAUUUUUGUCAAUCAAAAGAAAGGCGCCGAUGUAUUGGCCAAAGGACUUGAAAAAUUGGGAUAUAAUGCUUGCACACUUCAUGGUGGUAAAGGACAAGAGCAGAGAGAGUACGCUUUAUCCAGUCUUAAAGGCGGUACUAAAGAUAUUUUGGUGGCCACUGACGUUGCUGGUCGUGGUAUCGACAUUAAAGACGUUUCCAUGGUUAUUAACUACGAUAUGGCGAAGAGCAUUGAAGAUUACACUCAUCGUAUUGGACGUACCGGUCGUGCUGGCAAGACUGGUGUAGCUAUUUCAUUCUUGACUAAAGAAGAUUCUCCUCUAUUUUACGAUUUGAAGCAAACAAUUAUGAGCAGUCCUGUCUCUACAUGUCCGCCAGAAUUAUUAAAUCACCCCGAUGCGCAGCAUAAACCUGGUACUGUUUUGAUACCGAAGAAACGAAGAGAAGAAAAAAUAUUUGCGUGAUUGAAAUUCCGAUGCUGUUUAUUCAUAUUUUUUAAAUUCCAAAACAAAACGAAUGUAAAAAGAUGUUCUUUAUUUUAUAAAAUAUAUAAGGAUAAUUUAUAACAUAA